AUGGCACUCGGAAAGAAACCAUACCCCAAGGCUACGGUCAAGAAGAUCAUCAAGGCUCAUUCAAACCACAAUUUGAAGAAGAACGCCGAUGUUACUAUCUUCCUCGACUACGUCCUAUUCAUGGAAACUCUUGUCAAAGAAGCGGCGAUCCAUUCGAAACAGUCGGGCGAACGAGGUCUCUCUGCGAGGAGCGUCAAGAAGGUGACGAGAGAUACAUUGACCAAAUUCAAGGGUUGA